AUGGACGCUGACGACGCCAGUGACUGUAGCUAUGGAAGCAUGGAGGCGACCCAAUCCGAGGUGGAGGAAAAUGUCCGCCGCCUCAACAACAACACCAACCUCUCCCCUAGGGUAAUGAAAAUGGCCCAGUACGUGAAAGAUCUGUAUGCUUCGGGCGCCCGUCUCUGGACGAAGGAGAUGUUUCACAAUAUCGAGGCAGAUCUAGCGAAGGAUCCCUAUCCUGAGGAGGUCAAGAUUCGGAGCAUGAACGAUAUUGAGUCUUCCGUAAUAGUCCCAACUGGGGUCAAUUCUCAAAUCACCAAAGACCAUCCGGCGUACCAUACAAAGGGCUACAUUUACGGCCCCUGGCACCCAGUUGUCAGUUUCAAGACCUAUCAGGAUCUUUUGAACCACACGAAGAAUAAAUACACCGGCUCCUCGGAUGAGAAAGAAUCCGAAAAUGAUGAGCCAUUAGCCGAGAAGGAUCAGGUCGCGAUUACCCGAGCGCUUGGUUUGUAUGAAAGUAGAACAAGUCCUCGUUGCAAGGACAUCAUCGAGUACUCGUCUCUCAAGGAAAUCUGGGACGAAAAUUGGGGCAAUUGGACGAAGAGCAAAGUCUGCAAAGAGCUGACCGAUACGAUCGCGGGACUGCCCACUGUUGCCACCACUAUCGACAAAGUAGUCUGCUUCGGAUUAGGGUCAUUUUCAAAUUGGGAUGAUACCGUAAAGAAGAAAGAUGGCGAAUCAGACGGCACGCCCGUGCGUAGGACCAUGACUCAACAUGCCGCUGCGCUCACGAUGGCAACGGAGUUCGGAAAGCGAGUUGGCAAAGGUCCUUUGAAGGUUUAUACGCAGGACCCAGAAUACACAGAUGCAGACAAGCAGGUGCUGCGAGAUCUCGGGAUCGAGGUUGUGGGAGGCGCUGGGGCACUCGGCUUCACAUACGUGGACAGUGAUGCAUUGGUCUUCUCGAUCGCUCCCAAUAUCCCGGUUAGGCAGAUCGUAGCCGACAUUGCGAGACCAGCAGCGAUGGUUUGGUGCACAGUUCAGCCCGAAGGAGUGGCUUCUCCCAAAUGGAGUGUCGAAAACUUCGGUGGAAAGUGGUAUUCUGUCGCACCUUGGUCAACGGAUCCAGACUCUCCCCGCACUCGGGAAUUGGUUGCUAGCUACGCGGUGUAUAAAUUCCCGCAAGACGAACAAAGAUUUGGCGAUCCUACCAUAUAUGUACGGACCGAUUAG